GCUGGCUGGCAGUGACCAAGGGGUGGGGUUAAUGUUUCUUAAAAAGGUUACAGACAGAAAGCUUGGGUUUUUCAGAGUUGAGGAUACACUUGAUAUGCACAUGUCAAAGAGCCAAGGGGAUAUCCAACAAAGGGGACAGGAUAUUGAUACCUCAGUCAUAACAGGAAAGGAGAGCAAGACCAACCUGACGGUGGAUAGAAUGGAGAGUGUUGACAUUGAAUUCUGGUAUUUCUCUUCUCUGUAUACAAUGGUUACAGCCCUAUACAUUGGGGCAAUUAUAACUAAGGCGAGAGGGAGUCAUGAUAGGGAAUACUGGACCUUUGCACUUUUGGCUCUUGGGGGGCCUCUGUGCUUUUUGGCCCUUCCAGGUUACCGCAGUCUGCUCUUUCUGACCUGCAGCCUCUGGUUGUGCUAUGUAGUUCUGGGCAGACGAGUGGACAUGCUGACGAUGCAGGGAAGAGCUGUGCUGAUUACAGGUUGUGAUACAGGUUUUGGUCAUGCCCUAGCGAGAAGGCUUACUGACUUGGGAGUGACUGUGUUUGCUGGGGUUCUGGAUGAGACCAGCCCAGGAGCAGUGGAGCUGAAGAGACUGGGGUCUGAGGGGCUACAAGUCGUUCAGCUGGAUGUGACAGACGCUGGGCAGAUAAAGCGGGCUCACCACUACAUCUGCACUCAGGUUGGGGAGGCAGGUCUUUGGGGGAUUGUGAAUAACGCGGGAGUCCUGGGCUUUGUGGCAGAUGGAGAGAUUCUGCCUGUGAGAGUAUACAGGGAAUGCUUGGCAGUGAACUUCCUUGCUGCAGUAGAGGUCUCUCAGGUGUUUCUUCCAAUGCUCCGACACUCCAGAGGCAGGCUAGUCAACGUCUGCAGUAUGGCAGGUGAUGUACCCGUCCCUGGGUUUGUGGCCUAUGGAGCAUCCAAAGCAGCCCUGAACACCUUCUCUGGAGUGAUGAGACUAGAGUUGGCCAGAUGGGGUGUCAACGUAUCCACAAUUCAACCUGCAGGCUUCAGGACAAAUAUCUUCGGUAGCAGUGAUGACUGGAGCCGCUACCAAGAGGAGAUCUUCACCUCUCUAUCCCAGGAUGUCCGGAAGGACUACGGCGAGGCCUACAUCUCCUCUCUCCAGACCCGCUUUUCCAAGAUGGCCGACAUGUCCUCAGAGGACCUGCAUCCCGUGCUAGAUGACAUGUGCCACGCCCUGAUGUCAGUGGCCCCCAGAUCCGUCUACACCCCUGGCCAGUCUGCGUGGCUCAUCCCCUGCCUCCACCGCCUCUGCCCCACACAGUUCUAUGACAUCAUUAUUACAAGUCUGUUUCAGUUCAAUAGUAGUCUGCCAGCUGGGCUCCAGGCAGGAGGCUCAGUGGGUUCGAAGACUUGAUAAAAUGCGAGAUAACUGAUGUGAUGUCGGGCUAUUCUUUCCCAAGGUUCUUUAUGGGAAUGCUUCCAUAGAUUAGUAUCUCUCCAUCUUCCCUCAUGCUUGGUUGGCAGGCUUUGUAUCAACACAGC